UACCAAGCUGGCUCCAAGGUAUAUUAGGUGCCAACUCGAAUUUACAGCAGCAUCACUACAUCUUUCAUCUCACCUCACCUCGUUCAUUUUACAUCUUACAACAUGAACACUGUCGGCGCAAUCCUAUCCUCUAUGCCUGCUGAUCCAAGAAUGGCUCCAGGCUCAUUAUCUCAGGCUACGGCUACCCCACACGGUCCAGCAGGAGCGACAGCUCAGACUUCGGGCUUUGUGGAGGCCAAAAGUGGGGACGGUACCCAUGUAACUGGCGUAUCUUCUACCAAGCCAUCGACAAGUACAACGACCUCUUCCUCUACGAAUCAGUCAACCAGUCCAGGAAGCUCUCUUCUUGCUGAAGCAGAAGCUCGCUUUUCAUCCAUCUCAGCAGGCAUCGGUUCAUUCUUAUCCUCUGGAGGAUCCGCAGAUGGUCAUCCCCCUGUCUUACCUGCUGGUCACUCUACCACAGGCUUCUUGACAGGUUUCAACCCAUCUCUUCAGCCAGGUGGAGGUCUCGCUACGAACCCUCUGGUACCUAGACCUGGGGAGAGCAUAGACCCAGCAACGGGUAAACCUCACCAAGCUGGAUUGACCAGAGCUCAGUUGGAGGCUAAACGAGCUGCGGAAGCUUCUGGAGCGUCAAUCGCCGCGAGCUCCAUGAGUGGAACCGCCAGUGGAUCGGGCACUCACCUCGAAGACCUCAGUGGGAGAGAACAAGCCGCAAGACAAUUGACAGGCACUGUACCAGUCCCUGCCCUUGCUCCUGCGCCAGCACUCCCAGGUACGAGAAUCGGAGCGCCCAUCGAUCCUGCGGGCGCCAAUGGCACAGGACACCACUCCGUCCUUGACGAUGUCAACCAUGGUCUUGAAAAGGUCGUCGAUAUGUUACCUCAGGGCCUCAAAGAACGACUGGCGGGAGUCAACGACCCCAAAGGUAAAAUGUCAGAAGCGGAGCGAGAGAAAAGGUUGAGUGCGCAGGGGAUCCUCGAAUCGGCCAGACAACAAGGUGGCAGGAUCUUCCAAGAUUUCAAGGAAUCAUUCAACGAGGACUUCAGAUCUUCACCCAAAAGUGACAAGUCGGGUGCAGGAAGCACCGGAGUCAUUGCAAGUGUCAAAGAGCUUUGGACAGACGUCACUGGUCCAGGAGCUGGGAACUUGUCAAAGGGCCCAUCAGGUGGGUCCAUAAGGCGUCUUCAGCGUUCGCUAAUGAUCUAGUCUUCACUCAUGUGCCACCCGCCGAUAAGCUCACCGCGCAAGCUGCUGCCCAUUCUGGAGGCGUCGGAGACCUCCCUGGCAAGCCAACAGAGGCGGGUGUUGCCGUUCUACCGGACGAGAAGGGUGAGUGAGAGGUCAAGGGAAGCGCUGACUGUCAGUCGCAACGGAGAAGGAGCAACGAUUUUUGCCAGGAGAAGUGGCUGGAGGCAGUAAGACUGAGAGCGCCGCUGGUGAGUCCGGCUCAAGUAUCUGACCGUAAC